AUGGGCAACAAAAGAUAUCGUCAAGACGCAAACAAGGCUGCACAAUCCAAGAGCCAAACCAUGAGACGAAAGUCGAGCAGAGAACCCACCUCCAGUGACCCGAAGGAACAGCAUAAUGUAGUUUUGCCUGAACUUGGAGAGAAGCCUCGCGAUAUGAGCAGCUCUCAACGGAGCACUGAAAGCGGUAGCAGCAGGAGUAGCCAGCGUUGCUCAUCGUAUAGAGAGAGUAGUCAAAGAUCUUCCAGUCGGAGCUCCAAAGUCUCCAUUUCUGUCAGAGACGAAUUGGAAGACAAAAUGGAUAGAAUGCAAGCUUCAGAUUUACCAUCAGCAUCAUCAUUGAAAAAAAAAUACGGAUCCCGGGGAAAUCAUGCCACAUCCCAAAGAUCUUCCUCGAAUACUUCAGAAGCAUACAGAAGCAGCCGAUCUGGUCGUCAACGCAGUUCUCGCUCGUGCUCAAGUUCUGGUAGGCAUCGAAGGCGUGUUGACAUGGAUGGUAAAGUACCCCACGACGCAACAACAGUAGACAAUGCGUCCCUGGUGUACAAUACGGACUCCGAGUUAUCCAUCGAUGAAUCCACUCCUGGGGCAUAUCGUGUUGGUAGCAUGGGUCGUAUCAGUACAUUAUCGCCGGCCUCGCAUUAUGAGCAAAGCGAUGGCAGCCAUUCCGACGAAGAAAGGGAUCUACAGGCCGGAGUACCUCCUAGAUCGAGCAGAAGCCGAGGAAGCCAAUCGAAUGCUAUCGAGUCCACCUUGGGGUCGGUAUCGGAAAAUACCAUGGUUGAAGCUGUGGCUGCCCAGGACAUUGAAGAUGAACUGAACGCAGCGAGACAGCGAGGACGCCAAGAAGCAAUGAGCGAGGUUGCUCGGACUGACAUUGCUGUGGCAGUGGCUCAUGAUGAUGAUGACAAUAGUCGCAAGGGCAUUGACGAGGCCGAAGCUCGAAAGCGCAAAAAGAAAUUCAUCGUACUAUUUGCCUUAUUUCUUAUAGCCAUUGGUGUCACUACUACCAUGCUACUACUCUUUGGCAGAAAACAAGACGCACCAGCUCAACUUAAGAAUACUGAAGAUUCAAAUGCCAAGGUAGUUGUUGUGUACAUUCCACCUACCAAGGAAGAGUGUGAAGCAAUAGCCAAUGGUACCUUUUUAGGGGAUCAGCAAUCGUUGAUCCAGAAAUCCUUUGACAUUCGAAUUGACAUUACACUGGGUUCCGAGAAUGACUUUGGUCCGCUCUUCAGCGCCAUGUUGAAUCAUAUCCAAGAAAAACUCAUACCCAUCAUGGCGGGCUGUGGGGCGAUUGACUUUUUUGAUACGACCAUGGCAAUUACGGAUGAACUGAAGAACGCCACCAACUCCAUUGUCAAUGGUAAGGUCGAGAAAGAAUCAGAAAAGCAGUGUGAUGGCUCAAAUGGGAACUGUCGAAGUUACGUUCUUGUGCUUGACUUGUACUUGAAGGAAGAACAAUCCAGUGUGAGUCUCAUGGAGGUGAUUGGAAGUGCUAUGAACGGGGAUAAACUUGUAAAUGCGCUUGGGGACUUCUACCCAGUCGAGACGGCUUCUGUUCCUUGGAUCAUUCCAUCGAAUAGUUCCAUUGUCGUCACAUCAGCUCCUUCUGUUUUGGAAGUCGUAACGGCUGUACCAACCCAGGCUCCAGAUUCCGCUCUGGGCCCGACAUUUGGCAGCCCUCAAACUCCGGCAACCACACAAGGGCCUACCAGCAAGAUUGAAACUUCCAUGUCAACAAUGGAUCCAGAACCAAACAACCCAACCAAUGCACCGACGCAAGCACCUGCUCCAAAUAAAAGUCCGAAUCAAGUUCCCACGGCCAGUCCUACGAAAAGUCCAACCGCACCACAACCAACAGGAGUCCCAACAUUAACUCCCUCUACAAGGACGCCAACACUUGCUCCUACAAAGAGUCCUACGAAAGGUCCAACCAAGGGGCCAACCAAGACACCUACGGCUGAGCCCAGCUCUAGCCCAAGCAUCUCAACUCUAGUUCCAACAACAGGGUCGCCCACAGUGGCACCUGCUCCAGAUCCCACCGAGCUCCCGAGCAUUACUCCAAGUAAGGCUCCUACACCGCCUCCUACCCUUUCACCUGUACCUGCUCCUUCUCCAAUGCCAACCACAAUGGAACCAUCUGAAGCACCCGUUACGACUGAAUCAGGCGCAGCAUAUUGCUGCACUACAGAUUAUCAAAAUUGUGGCAAUUUGGUCGCCAAUUGCCAUGCUUCUCAAUCCGCCUGCGUACAAAUCUGCAAUGCCCAUUGGAUGCAGGUAGAUUCUUGCACUGAGGGACUUGUUAAAUUCUCGGAAUGCACCAAUGAUGUCAGCGGCUGUUGUCCACCCGCUGUGUGCACGAGUCUGGGACCAACCUACUCGCAAUGCCAAUAG